GGAGAGCCGAGCGCGGGGCGUCUCACAGGCGCCGGGCAUUCAGUGGCUGAGCUUGGGGCAUUGCAUCACUGCUGGGCCUGGGAUGGAGCUGGGGCGGCUGGAGUAUCUGCAGGCCCUCGUCACCGAGUUCCAGGUGACAGACAGCCCAGAGGCCAAGGAGCAGGUACUGGCGAACCUGGCCAACUUCGCCUAUGAUCCCAAAAACUACGAGUACCUCCGGCAACUUCAGGUCCUGGAUCUGUUCCUUGAUACGCUUGCCGAAGACAGCGAGACCCUGGUGGAGUUUGCGAUCGGCGGUCUUUGUAACCUGUGCCUGGAUAAAACUAACAAAGACUACAUCUUGGAGGCAAAUGGGGUAGAGCCCAUAAUCAACUGCCUCUCCAGCUCCAACGAGGAGACGGUCAUGUCAGCAGUCACAACGCUGAUGUACCUGACAACGCCGCAGUCGCGCCAGCAGACCACGGCUCUCCCAGUGGUGGAGUGCAUGCUUCGCUUCUCUCUCUCAGCCAGCAGAAGGCUAAGCAACCUGGCAACCGUCUUCCUGGAGGAUUACUGCACACCACUGCAAGUGGAAGAGGCCAGGAAUCUAAGCAAACACACGGCGGUGGGGAUUCCUCUCCCCAAGGACUGAAGCUGUCCGAGCCGCGCAGAGCUGUUGAGAGGGAGACCUCCCUCUGUUUUCCCAGGCCUCCACUUUCUGCUCAGCAGGUCAAGAGUGUGUAAAGAACAACAUUAAAGAGAGAAAUUGGUCAUACCAGCCCUGGAUUUUAAUUAAUAAAGAGGAUGGUACAGCACUACCAUGUCAGUCAGGCCAAGCACACAGCUAAAACUGCAAGCAAAUAUUUAGAAUAAAACAGGUCAUGGCUGUUGGAGAGCAGGUUGCCAAGUGCAGCCCAGCACCCAGCUUGCACAAAUAACCCUUCCCAGCAAUUAGGGGUUUUUCCGCUUGGGUUAUUGGGCAGCUUAUAUCCCUUCCAGUUCCUGGCUGGUUUUGCUGUAGCUCUCCUCUUCAGCGUCAACUCAAAUGACUUUGAAAUGUCACGUAAACAUUAUUCCUCCUGCAGAAGAAAGGUGUUUCCCUGCCCUGGCAGUCUGCAAUCUUACUGCAUCCCUUUAGUACUAAAUAUGCCAUCCUAUCAUCAUGGCAUAGGCACCCAGCUAGGAAAUCACUACACGGGGCAGGUUGUAGCUAUCCUAUAAAUCAGGAAGUGGAAAGUUGUUUUUUCUCCCAUUACCACUGGUGAGAAAGGUUAAGAUAUAAAAAAGGGCUCAUGGCACCCUGGCUCAUGAGAACAGCUGUCUUGUAAUACCUUCUCUUAAUAAAACAUUAACUUACAAUGCUGUGUAAAGUGUCUUGUAUAAGCUCAUAAAUAUUUCUCUACAGCACUUGCAGCCCAGCCUUCACCCACUCUUACUCAUGCACAUGGGCCAGAAAGUGAAGCCAGCUUGGUCUCCUUUCAUUAUCAGCCAAUGAUGCAAAAGGCAACCCAAAAGCCAGGGUGGCUAAAUACAUAAAAUUUAACAGGGUUUGGCUGCUGAGCACAGUGCUCCCUGACAGACACCCACGCUCUGCCUG